CCCAGUGUGGCACACAUCACUUGCCUUGCACACGCAUUGUACAGAGCUGUAGAAGAGGUGAAAUUAAAUUGCACUGAUGUAAGCCAACCGAUCUCCUCUAGCAAGAAAAUCUAUGUGAAAGCUCCACUAAGAGUACAAAAAUUAAAGAACAGGGAGCUUCCCUCCAUUUCCCCCUCAGCUUGUACUUACACAAUGAGGUUCUUGGGUUAAUGUUGUUGAGUAUUACUGUACCUAUUACACCAAAACAAGACGAUCUUUUCUGAGCCUGAUAGUGAUUAAUAAAGUGCUAUCAGAACUGCCAAAGAGUUCUUUACAGAUACGUUGUCUCUAAACUUGACAUACAUCAACGCGCUGUGUCAUCCGAACAAGACACAGGUGCAAAGAUGCGAGCUGGUGCCAGUGCCAUAGAGACUCUCCACUUGCGCGAGUUCCACCUGCGCCACGUCGGCGCUGAGCAUGGAGGUAAGAAUAGAGGGAGACGCCGUGAUGUCACAGCUGUGAAGCUAUGUGAAGCCGAGGGUAGCCAUCUCAAUCCGACCAAAACAUUGCUGCUGUAAGCUUGUGUGCAUAGGCUUGUCGCUCACUUUUGGAAGGAUUUUGCGCUAUUAUGGUGACUUGUGUGGUGUUCGGAUGUACGAAUCUUUCUGAUUGUGAUGCGAAAUCGAAGGGAAUAACAUUUCAUGUGUAAGUUGUCUCGUUAAGUGUGAUUUUACAACUUCAUUGUGAAUGAACGUGUGCUACAUCGGUACUUGUACUAUAGCGUGUUUUUCUCCUGUAGAUUUCCUAAAAAUGAAAGUCGGAAAGCUCUGUGGGAGAAUGCCGUGAGGAGGAAGAAUUGGUGUGCGUCUAAAUGGAGCACUAUAUGUUCUCAGCAUUUCCGAGAAGAGGACAUAGACUGAACUUCCGUUUCAACAGUAAGGCUCCGAGAAAAUGCUGUACCAUCAGUUUUCCCUACACACCCAAAACAUUUGCAAAAGGAUUGUCAGCGAACAUGGCGUUAUCGUUUGAACAAAGGAAAUGGAUGCUAAAGUGUUACUGGAAAACAGAGAAUUACAGAGUUGGAAGGGCACGAUAUAAUGAAAUCAAUUGCCUAUCAAUGUAUGUGUCAAGGUCUCACUGCAAUAUUGUGAAGAAAGACAAAGGAUUAUACAUAAUAGAUGGUGGGAUAAAUUAUGUUGUAAUGCGAGGUUUUAAUGAAGAUGAAGUGUGCAGUUUUGUGGAGUUAACAAAAGAGAAAAAUGUUGAUGUAAGAUUUAUCGAGUACAUGCCUUUCAGCGGCAACAAAUGGAAUGAUGGGAACAUGGUCUCAUUUAGUGAAAUGCUCCAAAUAAUUAGAAAGCAGUGGCCUAAUUUUGAUCCUCUUCCCAAUGGGCCCAAUGAUACCUCAAAGAGAUGCAAUACCAAGCAAAUGCAGUGAGGAUGACUUGCUUGCCAUGAUUGGGGCAGCAGUGAGAAGAAAGAAGAAACAACAUGGAGGCAUGCUGAACCUGUCAAAGACGAAGAAUCGGCCAAUGAUUCUUAUUGGAGGAUAACAGUGGCCCUGAACUUAAUGGCUGUAGUGAUGUCGUGAAGGCACAAAGUCGGAAGUUGUUAAACCUUCAGAAACAAGAUUUUCAAAAGUACUUCUUCUCAGAUACCAAUAUUUCGCCCCUGUUUGUGUCGGAUACAUAGAUGUCUCAGUUGUUGUCACAUAAUUUGAGUGUAGUGACUGAAUCUAGUAAACAGUUUCUUUUGCUUCCCUGUACCCCAAGCAUUAUGUGCAAUGCAGGACUCCUAACAAGACAAACACACAGAGCGCAGCCCUAUGUCUUCUCUUGCCAUUUCUGCAGUUUGGGAGCACAGUCCGGAAGUCUGACUCAUGUUGACCGGACCGGCAGGGCGAAAAUGGUCAACGUGGGUUCGAAGCUGGUGACAGAACGAACUGCUACAGCAUGAGCAAAGGUUUUUGUGGGACCCGAACUGAUGAAACUCGUACGAGAAAAUGGCCUGAAGAAAGGUGACGUACUUAGCAUUGCUCGCCUGGCGGGAAUUGUGGGGUCCAAGCAGAUGUCCAGCCUUAUCCCUCUGUGUCAUAACAUAACUUUAUCCUCUGUGGCUGUGGACAUUGAACUGGACUCUGCUCUCAACUGUGUGAUUAUAACUGGCACGGCAAAGUGUAGAGGGCAGACGGGCGUGGAGAUGGAAGCUCUCACUGCUGUAUCGGUGUCUGCCUUAACAGUGUAUGAUAUGUGCAAAGCUGUGAGUCAUGACAUUGUGAUAUCUGAAAUAAUGCUUCUGGCCAAAAGUGGGGGAACUAGAGGAGACUUCCACCUGACAUGAGCAUCUGUGUGGGUUGUAAUAUUUGACAUUGCAGCUUUUGAAAAUGGAGCAGGAUGUUGUGCCCUCUUUCCUAUUGGAGUGUUUCUCUGUGAUCAGAAUUGGAGGCAGACAAUUCACUUGAACUUCCAUUGCUGUUGUUGAUGUCUUUGAAUCAUGUUGUUUCUUUGUGAUUAAUAAAAAAAUUAUACAAUCCAA